AUGGCUAAAAGAAUUGCAAAGAAAAUGAUAGUUGGUGAUGCUUGUGAAGAGUAUAGCAGGGUGUGGGAUUAUGCGGAAGCAAUAAGGAGGUUUAAUCCAGGAAGCACUGCAAUCGUGAAAUGCAUUGGAAUAGACACACCUCCACCCUUGUUUCAAAGGAUGUAUAUAUGCUUGUCAGCAUGUAAGGAGGGUUUUGUUGCUGGCUGUAGGCCUAUUAUAGGUGUUGAUGGGGCACAUUUGAAGGGACAAUUCCCUGGGAUUUUGUUGACUGUUGUAGAAGUCCUAAGGUCGGUUAGUCCAUCGAGUAGUUGGGUACAAGCAGGAUGUGAAGAUUUCACCUUCAUGAGCGAUAGGCAAAAGGGUUUGGUUGAAGCUUUGAACUCAGUGAUUCCUGAAGCUGAAAUUAGGUUUUGCUUUUCAUUUUAUAGAGAAAUGAAUGAAAUAAAGAAUAUUUCUGUUGAAGCAUAUGAAUAUCUAGCUGCUAUUCCUGCUAAACACUGGUCUAGGCAUGCUUUUUCUAGUAGGAGUAAGUCUGGGAUGUUGUUAAAUAAUUGUUGUGAGUCAUUCAAUAAUGUGUUAGUAGAAGCAAGGGGGAAGCCUAUAAUUUCUCUUAUGGAGUGGAUUAGGAGAUAUGUGAUGCAAAGAAGUGCAGCCAAAAGGGAAGGGCUAAGUAACUUUAAAGUGGAUGUGUCUGAGUUUGAGGUGGAUGAUGAUGAAGAAUCUUACGUUGUAAACUUGACCAACAAGACUUGCCUUUGUGGAAGCUGGAAUCUUAUUGGGAUCCCUUGUAAACAUGUCAUGGCUUGUAUUGUUCUAAGAAAAUUAGAUGCCAGCGAAUUUGUCCAUGAGGCGUAUCUUGUAGAAACGUAUGCAAAGACGUAUGCUCCAAAGUUUUAUGGUAUGCCAGGACACAAAAUGUGGCCGACAACCACUUUAGCCAAACCACUUCCUCCACCAUUUCGAAAGAUGCCUGGAAGGCCUAAAAUGAGGAAAAGAAAGAAGGAAGCUGAGGAAGGUAAAGGAGGUAAGAAGCCGGUAAGUGCUGUUCGAGAAUUCAAGCAACGGAGAUGUGGUAAUUGUGGUGACCUAGGUCACUACAAAAAAGGCUGCAAGAAUCUACCCAAACCACCACCAACAAAGAUCAAGUCAAAGGGUGGAAGGCCUAAAAUGGGAUCUUCUUCUACUCAACAGUCCACACCAAAUGAUGUGCCUUGCUCCAGUAGUCAACAACAAACGCAAAGUGCAAUAGCUGCAUCUACUUCAUGUAUAAUGGAUCAACAAAGUCAAAUAUAG